AUGGCAUUAUCGUUGGUCUUGGAACUCGUUACCAAUGAUUUGAUUGUGGAUGUCAUCAAGUCAGAACAGCAGCUGACAAGAAUUCGAGAUAGUCGUUUCGCAACGAGUCCAGGAUACCCUACACUCGAUGGGCUAGACAGCACCAUUAAUACCCCGAGUACAUGCGUGUUCAGCGAAGAGGAGAGUACAAGAAGCUCUAAAAUCAAAGAGCUCAACAGCCUCAACCUAACAUUGACCGACAAGUGGAAGCUUCCCCAUAUCGGUUCAUCGCUAGCCUCGCCACCCUCACUUCAGAUUGGAAAGAGUGUACCUGCGCGCCUCUUCUUCACUCCAGAUGGAAAGCUGGAUUCCUCGACUCAAUUCGGAAUGUUUUUACCCUAUGCUUCACCAAUCGACUCGGAAUCUGGGGAUUGGGCGCACAGUCGGAUGUCUUCCGGAUGCUCUAUCGAAACUGAUAUCACUAUUGACUUGUGGAACCGCGGGUUCUGAGAUACUGUUCCAUAGGAGAGGAUAACUAUCUGCUCAUAUACUAUAAGAUUCUGGUGUCCUUCUUAGCUAUCCUUCUUUAU